UGGUGGUCAGCUGAUUUCACCACUGGCCUGUUCUCUAUUUUAGAAAAGAUGCAACAUUUUGGUGCAUGUUCUUCAAAGCUGCAGUACAGACUGCAUCUACUGAGGUUGGACUAGCCAGUUGUAGGAGUCGAAGGGAAAUACAGCUGUGUCUUAAGAAUGAAAAUUCAGAUGAAUGAUAUUUUGGCACUUUGUUUCUUAAUGAUGCUCUCCAUAGAAAUAGCUGGAGGUGUCAAAUGCCUUGGCUGUACUGAUGUUGGUCCUGACAACAAGUGUAAAAGAAAGUCUUAUGAGUGCACUAUUGGUGCUUGGAGAUUCUGCUUCAUGCAAAAAUUUUCUAAAUCGAACAAAAUUGUGUAUAUAAAGCGGGGUUGCACCUCAUUCUGCAAAACUGAAACUCGGAUCAGAUCGAGAUACCGACUUAAAACCUGGUGCUGCUAUUUUGACUACUGUAACUCUCUGAAUGUCUGGUACUGA